AUGGUGGACCAGGGCCCACGGGGAUGGACGGACCGGGAUGGCGGCCGCUUCCCGGUCACCACUCCAGGCCACAGGCAGGCACCAAGCAUUCCCCCCCCCAUGGACCGGGGGGGAUAUCCCGGUCCCCGCCACACGGAGCUAACCCGGCAGUUGGAGCCGACAGCCGAAACCAACAGACCGGAGGUGAGGGCCUCCAAAAUGGCGGACACAAGCGACUGCAAAACUCAUAGCAUGCAGCAGCAGCCAGCAACACUCAUUCACAUCCCUAAAGCGAGCAAGAUGGAGGUGAAGCAAAGCGGGGCAACAUACCCACACAGCCUGUCCAAAAUGGCAACCCAGCCUAUGCCUGAAAAGCGGAGCACCAGCCUCAACACACACAGGUCCCCACUGGAAACGUUUGACUGGCUCUGCGCAGGCCUAAGGGAAGCUCUACUCAGCUGGGGAGUAACUCACCACCAAGCUGACUUAACGUUGGCCUCAUGGAUACGUCCUGCAGCGAGGCGCAGCUACUAUAUGCAGAUACCCCGAGCCUCCAAGAUGACCAUCCGGCAGAACAGAUACCGCCGGGCCUCGAGGAGGGAUGUGGCACCAAACCUCCCGUGCAUACAAACCCAACAGCACACCAGAAACACUGUGGCCUACGAACCAAGCGACGCCCACAUAUACCCAACCUGA